CAGAAAAUGUUUCGUAAGCGAGCAGAGAGUCCGAGCAGAGACGCCUUGAGAAGAAAUACAGGAAGUGCUGCUUUCAAAAUGAAAAUCAAACUCUACGGUGAGGAUAAUCCAGGAUCUCCAGACCUCUCAGUCGUUGAUAAGAUUACAAGGUCUCAGAUGAAAUAGAGACAUGAGCAAAGGUUUGAAGGCCAGGGAGGAGCCAGUCAGGACCGAGGUGGCAGCAUGUGUUUGUAAUGAAAACCCACGAGCAGGAAGUCGAAGUCCGGAAGAGACGUGGCACAUAAACACAUAGAGGAAGCAGACAGCCCAGGUUUAUGAUGACAUCCCCUGUAGCAACUUUCAUUGGGAAUUUAGGGAGACACCUUAAAUGACAGCAUUGCAGAAGUACUUGAAACAAACGACUCUUCUUUAAUGUCAGCGUGACGGCUGACGAGCGCAUGCGGCUAUGGGUCUGUGCAAGUGUCCGAAGAGGAAGGUGACCAACCUGUUCUGCUUCGAGCAUCGUGUGAACGUGUGUGAACAUUGCCUUGUUUCCAACCACAACAAGUGCAUUGUCCAGUCUUAUCUGCAGUGGCUUCAGGACAGCGAUUACAACCCGAACUGUGCUCUGUGCAAUAAUCCGCUGGCCACACGCGACACAGUCAGACUGAUCUGCUAUGAUGUUUUCCACUGGGCGUGUCUGAAUAAUUUGGCGUCUCGGCUGCCGCUCCACACGGCCCCAGCGGGGUACCAGUGCCCCUCCUGCCAGGGCCCAGUGUUCCCACCCUCUAAUCUGGCCAGCCCAGUGGCUGAUGUGCUGAGAGAGCAGCUCUCAUCUGUCAACUGGGCUCGGGCUGGUUUAGGGUUGCCAUUGAUUGAAGAGCCCGUUGGGGUUCUUGAAGAAACACCAGCUGAUGUUUCUGACUACUCGGACUGGUCAACCUUCGAUGGACAAGAUAAAAGUGGCGUUUAUUCCAGUCACUCCUAUAACACUAGCCUCGGCCCGCCUGCUGCCUCACCUCCGACACCAGAAAAUGUUGGCGGACUUCAUAAAAAUGGGGAUCCAAAUAUGCCAGAGCAUUCUGUGGUCAACUUUCCUGCUGCUUCCACCACUGACACUAUCACAAUACACACAGCGUCAUCGCCAAGAAAGGUCUACGACACACGGGACGUUCACAGCUCUGUCACGCAGAUCGACUUUGACGACGACAAGUACCGGCGGCGACCGGCGCUCAGCUGGUUCGCACGAAUUCUAAAAAACCGUACCGGGGGAAAGAAGACAGCUCUGUCCUGGAAGCAGCGUGUCUUUGUGCUCCUUUUGGUGGGAGUUCUGGGAUUCUUCACGCUGAUCAUCAUCAUGGCGAAACUCGGACGCGCCUCGGCCGGCUCAGACCCAAACCUAGAUCCUCUUCUUAACCCCAACAUCCGGGUGGGGAAAAACUGAGGAGCAGCAGCGAUUUGUUGUUUGGUCUGAAAAGAAACUGAUGCACAGACUGCCCACCAGAGGGAGCUCUCUACCUAACUCCUAAGAGGACGUCCCUCAGACUGUAAAGAAGCAGUUCUCGCACUGUUCGGCCGGUUCUGUUGAUCCACAUGAGACACACAACCUAUAAAGGCGACCCCGGGGCUCGGCGCAGUUACACAAUUUAUCCAAAUGUUGUUGUUUUUGGUGACGAGGGGCAAUACUUUAUUCAGCUAACAUUUCCCUGUGAUCUUUGUAAGUUCAUUUCUGUUUAGAUUUCAUUUGGAAGCAUUGCUGAUGUUGAAGAAGCUUCAACUGUCUGCAUUACGAACCGAUUGACUCUGUUGCCAUGGGUCCUGGAGUCAAACCUACCCGACACAUCCUACGUUCCUACGACUGUAAUAAUCUGCAUUUCCUCUGCAAAUUGAGUGUUUUGCUUUUAGAUUUGCCAUUCACACACUGUAUGUAUAUUUCUGGUUGUUUUUUUUUUUUUUGAGUGUCCAUUAAAUUGGAAUCCCCCAAAAAUGACACGUUUUACCGCUGAAUGUUUUGACUUUCUUCUGGCUCCCCUUUUAGAAGUCCAUUCCCUUCAUCCAUCACCUUCGUUACGCGCUGGUGUGGAAAUAUGUCGGGCACAUUGUCGUGACUACAGAUUAUGCAAAGUUCUUGCCUGUAAGCAGCAUAUUGACGCUAACACUGGAGGGGAAGCGCGGAAGUCGAUAAGGUUCCACAUAAUGGUCAUUCUGUUCUGCUCUUCUAUUAAUGCUGCGGCCAAAAUUACAUUUAGAGAUGAUCAUGUUUUGUUUUUUUUCCAUUAAAGCUGCAGGGAUUGCAGCAGGACGGAACAUGUUUAAAGAUUGUUUUAACUAUUUAUCUAUUUUGCUGCUUUCUGUGGUAAGCUGGAGGAAACAAUGACUUAUUAUGAAAUAUUCUGCCUUUCAAAAGCUUUAAUGUGUUGUUACAAACGCACACCGUAAUAUAUGAUAGAGUAACAGACAUUAGUCAGUAGCUUAGAGAACUACUUUUUUGCUUCUUCACAGCUGCAGCUUCUCUCAUAAUUUCAAAAUACACUGAUGUUGGUUUUUUCGACGUGUCUAAAUGUGAUUUUUAAAGGUUAAAUGGAUUUCGCAAACAUUUGGCAGCUGCAUUAAAUCGGGAGAAUUGUGGCGUUAUACCACUUGAUUGUUCUUCAUUUCCCUUGAUUAAGUAAAAAAAAUGUAUAAAAGUGGACAGAUACUAAAAUUUUAGAUUUUUGUCAUCAAAAAUUAGACUAUAAAGAAAACUUACAGAAAUGAUGUGCCAUUUAUUCUGUAUAAUUUACCUGCAAACCAAAAGAUAUGACUUGGUUGCUAAACGUAAAACAAAACAAAAACAAAGUUUUAAUUGCACAAUGUGCUUCUUUAUGGCUUUUAACAGAGAAAUCUUCCCAUCUCUCUUUAAAUUUUGUAGAAAAUGCUCAGACUUGUCCUCAGAUACUGAAAUCAAAAAUAUCACUUAGAGAAAUUUAGAUCGACUGUAGACUGUAUUUUACAUUUAAAAGUGAUACAUAAAAACUGGAUGUAGUUACAAAUAAUUUCUGACCUUUUAUUUACAAAUCUUUUCAUGUAUGUCAGGAAAUUUAGCAACACCAAGUUUUAAUUUAUUUAAUGGGGUAAUUCCCUGUUUUAAUCAUUAAUAAAGUGUAUUAUUUACGUUUCUUGAACAAACCCAGUUGCAAUGGUUCCACAUUUAUAUCUGCUACUUCUUGCAUCUCACCUCUGCCACCAUAAUAAUUGAUGUGCAGAUGUUGGAGUUCAUAAAAGCCUUCCAGCACACACUGCGUUUGCACAUGACUGUUAUCUGACUCUCCCAACUUUCCAUCGUGUUGGUGACGCAUUGACUGUUAGAAGAUUUGAGUCACAACUGCAGAGAAAGCUACUGGCUAUUUCAUACAUACAGCGCCUUGAAAAAGUAUCCACACCCCCAGAAUUUAUUUUACGCAUUUUGUCAGUUUCGUUGGGUUCUUAAAGCAGGAUAUAUUAUGAAAGGAAAAUAUUCAUGAUUUUAGACGUAAACAUCACCUUGAACGUACCGACCUCAGCGUGAGACAUGGUGGUGGCAGCACCAUGCUGUGGGUAUGCUUGUCUUCAGCAGAUACAGGGAAGACGGACUGACCUAAAGUCAAGAAAAUUUGUUUAAAAAAGCCCAAAAAAACUGGAGAAGACGCCACAGGUUCAUCUUCCAGCAGAACAGUGAUUGUAAACAAACACAGAGGGCACCAAUAAAAUGUUUAGACGUUAGAUCAAAUUAAAAAGACAUUGAUGCCCAGGUGUAGCUUCACAUAGUGUGCAAAGGUCUAAGCAGAAUGAAUAGUUUUGUAAAACACUAUAUAAAUUGGAUUGAAACGAAGGUCUUUACUCGAUGAUAGCAUUCUGCUAUCAUCAGAAUGCUAUCUGAUGAUAGCAUUCUGCUAUCAUCAGAAUGCUUUUUUAUUUUUGUUUACGUCUAUAUGAACUGAAAAAAGAAAAUAUUAUACCGAUAACAAGUAACUGAAUCAAGUUCAUUGAUUAAGUUUGUUAACUUUGACAAUUUAUUUAGGGUGGUUCAAAUGUCCUCUUUUUUUCAUUCUGAUUAUAUCUACAUGUAUGUAUAGAUAGACAUAAGCAGCAAACUGGAUUUAUUAAAACGUGUGGAGUGCAGAGCCCUUUGUCACAUUAUUGGAGUUCAAUGCGGCUCUCGGUAACUGAGUUAUUAGCUUGUCCAUUGCAUUGACAUAAUAGGGACAUACUUAUCAAUAAUGUGACUUUGUUGUCAACAUGCCGCUGUUAUUUGCACGUCUGUUACAGAGCGUAUUUAUUGAUAUGAAAGCUUCAGCGCAAAUUAAUGCAAGGAUGAGCUUAGACUUAAAUAUAUUUUAAUACAUUUCAAGUAUAGAAAAUAGAAACUUCUAGAGUAACAGUGUGAAAAUAGCAUGUUGAAUAAU